AUGAUGGCCAUGAUGGUGCCGCCCGUCGGCGCGGGCGCCAUCCACCCGCCCCACGAGCAGUUCCACCAUCUCAACUACUGCGUCCACUCGAAUCCGUCCUGGGUUCAGGUGGCAGCACUUGCAUUCCUUCACUAUCUUGUGAUGUUGGGUUCUACCGUCAUGCUUGUAUCAGUUAUUGUUCCUCCCAUGGGUGGUAAUGCUGGUGACAAGGCUCGGGUUAUUCAAUCGUUCCUCUUUAUGAGUGGAAUAAAUACACUGCUGCAAACACUUAUUGGAACGAGACUUCCAACAGUUAUGAAUGCCUCUUUUGCAUUUGUUGUCCCAGUACUGUCAAUAGCAAGAGAGAUCGAAUCAAAUAAUGACUUGCUGAAUAAUCACGAGAGAUUUAAACACACAAUGAGAACAGCACAAGGAGCUCUGAUUGUGGCUUCCAUCCUCAACAUGAUUCUUGGGUUCAGCACGAUAUGGGCGGCAUAUGCCAAGAAGUUCAGUCCUGUAAUAAUGACCCCUGUUGUUUGUGUUGUUGGUCUUGGACUAUUCGAACUUGGCUUUCCCCAGGUUGGGAAAUGUGUGGAGAUUGGGCUUCCAAUGCUAAUUCUUGCGGUGAUUGUGCAACAGUAUGUGCCAAAUUACUUCGGUUAUAUCCAUCAACGGGUCACCUUCUUGUUUGAGAGGUAUUCGUUGCUUCUUUGUAUCGGCAUUGUGUGGGCCUUUGCAGCCAUCCUUACUGCUGCGGGUGCAUAUGACCAUGCUUCACUUAAGACACAGCAGCACUGCCGUACUGAUAAGUCUUCCCUCAUCUCAUCGGCACCAUGGAUUAAAAUUCCAUUGCCAUUCCAAUGGGGUCCUCCAAUCUUCACUGCUGGUCAUUCAUUUGGGAUGAUGGGUGCUGUACUUGUUGCAGCCUUUGAGUCAACUGGAGCACACUUUGCUACUGCUCGUCUAGCGGGUGCUACACCACCUCCAGCUCAUGUCCUUAGUCGGAGCGUUGGCUUGCAGGGUAUUGGAAUGUUCCUCGAGGGGAUCUUUAGUUGUCCAGCAGGCUCAUCUGUAUCAGUUGAAAAUAUUGGCCUCCUUGGGCUGACCAAAGUUGGAAGUAGGAGAGUGAUCCAGAUAUCAACUGGGUUUAUGAUCUUCUUCUCCCUAUUUGGGAAGUUUGGUGCCUUCUUUGCAUCAAUUCCAUUGCCAAUCUUUGCAGCAAUUUACUGCAUCUUGUUUGGCGUUGUAGCUGCUGUGGGAGUCUCCUUCAUGCAGUUUGCCAACAAAAACUCCAUGAGGAACAUCUAUAUCAUUGGACUCUCAUUGUUCCUUGGCAUAUCAAUCCCUCAAUACUUCAAUGAAUACACUUCUUCAGCUGACGGCCGUGGACCUGCCCGGACAAAUGCUGGAUGGUUCAACGACAUUAUAAACACCGUGUUUGCUUCCGGCCCGACGGUGGCGCUAAUUGUUGCUUCUGUCCUGGAUAACACAUUGGACUUCAGGGGACACGAGUCCGACCGGGGGCUCUCAUGGUUUCAGCCAUUCCUGCUUCGUCAUAAAGGAUACUCGGACCCCAGGAACGAGGAGUUCUAUAGCUUCCCAAUCAGGGUUCAUGACUUCAUCCCAAGCCGAUUUCUCUGA